AAGCUCUCCUUACGAGGCAAGAGGUGACCUAAUUACCGUUGUGUAAAUAACUGGGUAUUUUUCACGGAAAAUCAUCCAACCAGCAGAAACAUAUUUCUUUCAUCAACAACUUCACGGGACACACCAUUGAAUCUAGGGUUUUGCGAUUAUCAGAUAUACCGACAAAAAUGGAAGGUCCGAUCAACGGAGGAAUGUUGUACCACGAGGUACAAGAGUCGAAGCUGUGUGCCGUCCAUUGCGUCAACACGGUGUUGCAGGGACCUUUCUUCUCCGAGUUCGAUUUGGCUGCUCUUGCCUCCGAUCUUGAUCGGAGGGAGCAUCAGAUGAUGCUUGAAGGUCCUGCUGCUUCAGGAGGAGAUGCUUUCUUGUCUGAGGAGUCGUAUAAUGUCUCUAUGGAUGGCGAUUUCAGUAUCCAGGUGCUACAGAAGGCAUUGGAKGUGUGGGACCUACAAGUUAUCCCCCUGCACAGUCCAGUAGCCGAGCCGGCUCAGGUUGACCCAGAACUUGAGAACGCAUUUAUAUGCCAUUUACAAGACCAUUGGUUCUGCAUCAGGAAGGUGAACGGAGAAUGGUACAACUUUGACAGCUUAUACGCAGCCCCUGAACAUCUCUCCAAAUUCUAUCUUUCUGCUUAUCUCGACACUUUAAAAGGUUUCGGAUGGAGUAUCUUUCUGGUCAGGGGUAACUUCCCAAAAGAAUGUCCGAUGACAUCUGGUGAAGCCUCCAAUGGUUAUGGCCAGUGGUUGUUGCCUGAAGAUGCUGAGCGAAUUACCAAAUCCUGCAAUUCAGGACAGCGGCAGCAACAGCAAACGCAGCAGUUGCAGCCUCAAAGAACUCCACCGAUGGAAGAUGAUGACCUGAAUGCCGCCAUUGCUGCCAGUUUGAGAGAUAACAGUGGUGAAGUUGGGACCUCCGGGAAUGACGAUGAUCUGGAGGCAGCCAUAGCCGCCAGCUUGAAGGAUUCUUCACCAGCGGUAACAACCAGCUUGGUGAACAAAGAUUUGGAUGCUGCAGCACCGGUUGCCACCGCUGAUACUACAGCAGUCACAGGUGCCGCCAGUGGUGAAGGCGGCACGUCGGAAAGUGAAAGUAUGAAGAUCGGAUUACAAGAUAAGUGAGAAGAGAGUUGGGUAUUAAGAGUUGUGUUCCUGGGUUUAAAAUGUGUGCAUUAUUACACACUUCUUUUGUUGAAAAUUACCCUCUUGCUUUAUUGUAAAGACUUGUCAAUUUGUUUGACUUCUAUAUCGUGGAUGUGUGAAGACGGAGUUUACAGAAUAAGACAAACUGGUCCUUUUUUUCA